AAUCUGCCCGGGUGCCUAACCGUCGGUAUGACUAAUUAAUGACGCCCCCAUUAAAUGAUGUCGACGACGCCGGUAAACUGUUUAAACGCCGAAACGUUUUCGGUCUUGGCACGAACUUGGCAGGAUGGGCGGGAAAGUGGUUGCUGCGGUUCACCGUUCCACCAUGAGGCUGUCAUGGGCAUUCUGGACGUUCUUCUCUACCCUCCGCCAGAUCUCCCCUUAUGCGAUACCCACAUUUCUCUUCGCCUUUAUCUAUAACCAGGCCUAUCUCUACUGGCUCGCGACCGUGGGUAUGGGAUCAUGGGCGCCGGCUUGGCCAGCAAACAGGACUCGCCUCGUCUUUUUAAUGGUGUCUAUACCGACAUGGAGCCUCGUUAUGCUUAUAUGGACCGUUGGAUUCACCGUUCUCAAGAGCGUGUGGGCCAGGAGGACAUCCCGAGGAGAGUACUAUGAGGCUAUCGAGUUGGACCCGGACCCGCGCAGCAGUCGAAAUUUUCAUCGCGGAUAUGUCCAGUACAGAUGGCACUUGACUGUGCUGGUCUAUCUAUCGCUCUUUAUAUGUGGACUGUUCAUGUUAUUGACUCGUGAACUUCUCGGAGACGUGCGCUUCAAGGCUGAUAUCCAGGCUGCGAUAAAAUCUCCGAGACCGGAAGGGCAUGGAAACGGAGGUACGUCGAUAGCCAAUUUGCCUUGCAAUGUCUAAAUCCAGUUGCAGAAAAGGUCUUUAUCGGUGCCAUGUUCUAUAACAACGAGCGGGUCGUACCAUACUGGUGUGAUGAAGUGAUCAAACUCAUCAAGUACCUUGGCACGGUGAGUUCCACCCCAGUGACCCAUAUUAUACACUCAGCUCUCUCAGGACAAUGUUUUUGUCUCCACAGUCGAAUCCAACAGCGGCGACAAGACCCCAGCCUUGCUGGAAGAAUUCGGCACUAGACUAACUGCGCUCAA